AUGUCCUCCGGGGCCAGCGUGAGUGCCCUGCAGCACCUGGUGGAGCAGUUCAAGCUGGAAGCCAGCAUGGAGCGCAUCAAGGUGUCUCAGGCGACCGCAGAGCUUCAGCAGUACUACAUGAAGAAUGCCUGCAAGGAUGCCCUGCUGGUGGGCGUUCCAGCUGGAAGCAAACCCUUCUGGGAGCCCAGAUCCUGUGCUUUACUCUGA